AAGCAAAAGAGAGCAUUUUUGGAAAGAAAACAAAACAAACAAAAAUGGCAGAUUUGAGUUCCAUGGCAGUCUCAUGUUUACAUUCACAUUCUCGCAAUGAAAGUUGCUUCCUUUCAUAUAAAACAUCUCAAUUUUCAAAACCCUUGUUCAUAAACCCAUCUCUGAAGAAACCGAGAUCCUUAAUUUCAUUUUGCCUCAAGCAAAGUGAUCUUGACGAUAAAAAGAUUCAGCAAGAUUCUAGCAGAGAAGAAGACAAAGAAGAAGAAGAGGAUUAUUGGGUUGUGACAGCUGUAAGAAGCAGAUACAAUGAGAUUGUUAUAGUGGAUACUGCUGCUUCCAGAUAUCUUCUCCUUGAUUCAACUAAGAAUGUGCAUAGUGUUAUCAAUAAAGGAGGCCAGAAUUGGACUGGAUCCUAUUGGGAUGAGUCUGCGACUUUACCACCUAUUAUCCCUAAUGGUCCCAUUGCAAUCUAUGGAUUGGGUGGUGGAACAUCUGCAAGAUUGAUGCUUGAGUUAUGGCCUUCUAUGCAGCUUGACGGUUGGGAGAUUGAUGAAAUUUUGAUUGAGAAAGCAAGAAACUAUCUCCGGCUAUCUGAGCUAGAGGAACCAACAUCAAAAGGUGGUAGACUUUGUGUUCAUGUAGAUGAUGCUCUCUCUCCUUCUCAAGAUGAUUCAAAAAGAUAUGCUGCCAUCAUCGUUGAUUUGUUCUCUGAUGGAAAGGUCUUAAAUCAGCUGCAAGAGGUUCCAAUAUGGCUUGAUGUAGCUAGCAGGCUAAUGCCUAACGGUCGCAUUAUGGUGAAUUGUGCUGGAAUCGAAGCAGAGGACGUUGUAACAAAUGGGAAAAUCCAGUUGGUGUUAGGUGAUUCGGUGUGGAUGUUGAAUUCUACCAUCAAGAUUUUGUCACAAGCAUUUCCUGGACAAGUCAGCUGGAAGAGAACUCCAGAUUCACAAGGUCUCAACUUUGUUGCCUUGACCGGAGGCUUGCCUGAUCUUAGUGACUGGUCUAACAACGUUCCUGUCCGUUUAAGCGAAACAGUGAAGCAAUGGAAACUCUGCGAGAAUCCUUGAAACAUAUGGAUGUUUUCGA